AAUUCCAAUCGGUCAGCUUCUCCUCACGAUUUAUUUCUAGAGGCAUACUUAUUCUCCCAUUGUCAUUUUCGGGCUCCGGGGCAUAAGCGGCGCGAUGGCAGCAGGCACUAUGGAAGCCGUUGUUCUUCACGAAGCUGGAGGUCCCGACAAUUUAAAACUGGAAAGGAUUCCAAUUCCGCAGCCAAGCCGCGGGCAAGUCCUUAUCCGCGUCAAGGCCUUUGGACUCAAUCGGUCUGAACUAUUCACUCGUCAGGGUCAUUCUCCCGAUGUUCGCUUUCCUCGUGUGCUAGGGAUCGAAGCGGUUGGAUUGGUUGAAGAAGCGCCAGGCGGGGAGUUUGAGAAAGGAAGCAUCGUCGCGACUGCAAUGGGCGGGAUGGGAAGGGCAUUUGACGGAAGCUACGCGGAAUACACCUGCGUUCCGGUUCAGCAAGCCCAGGUUAUCUCUACGAAACUGCCCUGGAGUGUCCUCGGUGCCUUGCCAGAGAUGCUACAAACAGCGUACGGUUCGCUCUUCAAGUCACUCCGCCUCAAAAAGGGCGAACGCUUGCUCAUCCGCGGCGGCACCACGUCAGUAGGAUUAGCUGCAGCUGCGAUUGCCAAAUCACACGGUGCCUUCGUAACAUCAACAAGCCGCAGGGCCGACCGUGACCAAAUGCUGCGUGAACACGGGGCGGACGACACGGUCGCCGAUGACGGCGGCAUAUCUCAGAAGAUCAAAGAACCCUUUGACAAAGUUCUGGAAAUGGUGGGAACCGAAACAUUGCGCGAUUCAUUGCUCUGUGCAAAGGAGGGGGGAAUCGUCUGCAUGACAGGUAUAGUCGGAAAUAAGUGGACGCUGAGCAACAUCAACCCGAUGGAAUUUAUCCCAUCAGCGGUGUGCUUGACGGCCUAUGCGGGAGGGUCUGGCGAUUUCAUGGCAACGCCAUUAGAUGAAUUGGCCAAGACUAUCGCGGCAGGGAGCUUGAAGGUUAAAGUUGGGAAAACCUUUCAGCUCAAGGACAUUGCUGCGGCACAUCGAGUAAUGGAGGAAAAUACUGCUGGUGGGAAAAUUGUUGUUCUAACCGGGGAAGGGGAGUGAGUUAGGC